UUGACCCCGCCGCCGGCGCAGCGAAAUCACACACAACCUACUCAGACCCCCACGCCGCCGCCACCCCCAGAUCAACCACACGCGCCGCCGCCGCCAUGGGCUCCUCCGUCAGCCACGCCGCGCCCCCUCCUCCCCCGCCUCCUGACUCCUACGGGCCCCCACCUCCCUUCGCGGCCGCCGAAGCCGCCGCGCCGCCGAAGCCCCAUGAGGAGGAGGUGGCCGAGCCGAAGGUGGACUACCUCAACCUCCCGUGCCCCGUCCCCUACGAGGAGAUCCAGCGCGAGGCCUUCAUGGCGCUGAAGCCGGACCUCUUCGAGGGCAUGCGAUUCGAUUUCACCAAGAUGAUCAGCCCGUACUUCGCAUUGAGCCACAGUGUGGCCAUGGGAUCCAUUGAUGUCCCGGCACAGGGGAACGAGGUGAUCAAGAUCCCCACCUCCAACUAUGAGUUUGGUGCCAACUUCAUCAAUCCUAGGAUGAUGCUCAUGGGGAGGGUCUCGCAUGAAGGGAGGGAGAACAUUCGUGUCAAAUAUGACAUAACGGACAACCUCGCUGUAAAGAUAAAUGCUCAGUUGACAAGUGAGCCCCAUUACUCCCAGGGCAUGUUUAAUUUUGAUUAUAAGGGCAAAGAUUUUAGAACUCAGAUUCAAAUUGGGAACAAUGCCUUCUAUGGAGCAAACUACAUCCAAAGUGUCACAAAGAACCUUUCCUUGGGAACUGAAGCCUUUUGGCUUGGUCAGCAGAGGAAAUCUGGAGUUGGUGUUGUUGCUCGCUAUGACACAAAGAAAUGGGUCGCAACUGGGCAAAUUGCAACCACUGGAAUGGUUGCUCUUAGUUAUGUUCAGAAAGUAUCUGAAAAGGUUUCCCUUGCAUCUGAUUUCAUGUACAAUCAAAUGUCAAAGGAUGUAACAGCAACUUUUGGUUACGAUUAUAUACUGAGACAGUGUCGAUUGAGGGGGAAGCUGGAUACCAAUGGUGUGAUUUCUGCUCUUCUGGAGGAACGAUUGACUCCAGGCGUUACUUUUCAAUUGUCUGCUGAGAUUGACCAUUGGAAGAAAGACUACAAGUUUGGGUUCGGUAUGGCUGUCGGAGAGUAAGACUCGAGCAGUUCAUCGAGGACACAUGUACAAUUAUAGUUGUUGGCAUUCGUCGACAGGGAUUAAGACGAUUCUAGUUUUGUUGCAUUUAUUUGUCUCCAGCUCUUCGUUUAGCGGCUAUGGCCGGAUGGCCAUGGACAGAGGCACCUUUCGAAGUUUUGAUUUCACUGGGCUCUUGAGUAGAUUGAUGUAACUAUGCGCCUGUGUUAAACUAGAACAGGGGAAGCCUGAAUAGAUGUCACUCCUACCUGAGUAGACUGCUUUUAUGGCGUUAGGAUUCUCGCUGUUGAAUGCUUAGAUCCUAGGACAGUGAUUUCGAACUUCAUUUCCUUGAUGCAAGGUCUUAGUCCAUGGAUUGACACCAUGGAGGUAUGGACCCUUUAUUAUAUAUAUUUGCACCUUUAUAUUU